AUGAUUUACUUGAUGGAUUUACGAUCCUUUUAUCGCGAAUCGUUUAACAAUUUUAGUAGCAAUGCUCCGCGAAUCGCAUUGACGAGAUUUUCGCCGAUGAUUCAGCGAUUCUCGUUGCUUAAUCCUUCACCGGCGAUCUACAGAAAAGUCGCGAUAAUCAGAUAAAAAUAUAUGAAUUUUGAGUUUGGGAGGAUUCGAACUCACACCAGUCGCCCGCCUCUUCUGAGGAAGGUGUGACGGGGGUUUAGUCCCACAUCAGUUGUGCGCCGAUUUUUCGAGUAAAUAUAUAGUAAUGUUAGCUUUGUAAGAAAAGUCCCUUCUCUCGCGUGUACGACCACUCCUUGCCCCAUAGUCGGCUGGCCACCGGUGACGUGGAAGGGAAGUGGCGUACACAUGCCCUAUCGGUCCCCAAGCCAAGCUGCUCGAGCUGUAGCUCGCGGCUACUCCCCGACUAUGUUUCUGACCCGCUUGCAGGCCCGACUGGCUGGCAGGUCCCCCUAUUUUUGCAAUAUUUUUAUUUUUAUUUCUUGUUCUUCAUUUAUCUCAAAAGUAAGACUGUAAAAAUUGUAUAA